AUGUCAGCUACAAUUAACUCAAGUGAAAUGGCUUGUGAGAAUAUUUUGAACAAUUAUCCUGCCUCUGAUCUCAAUGCACAAAGUAGCCAGGAAAAUGUUUUGUCAUUAACAUCCCAACACGCCACGAGUAAUCACCGAUUACCAAAGUUAGAUCUUCCGCAUUUUUAUGGAGAUGUAUUAGAAUGGAAUACAUUUUGGGAUUCCUACGAAUCAACGAUUCAUUGCAAUCAUACUUUGAUGCCAAUUCAAAAGUUUAGCUAUCUCAAAGCUCAAUUACGCGACACAGCAGCACAAACAAUAGCAGGAUUUGCGCUUACAAAUGCUAAUUACGAAACGGCAAUAGACUUGCUCAAAGAACGAUUUGGUCAGCCACAGAAAAUUAUUAACGCUCAUAUGAGAGCACUCAUCGAACUUCCUGCCCCCAGAAAUGAUGCCACUAGUUUAAGAAAUUAUGGAGAUUUCUUGGAAUCUCAUGUCAGGAGCUUAGAGUGUCUAGGACAAAGACAAGAGAUGUUUGGAGCAUUACUUAUUCCAGUCAUAAUCAACAAGCUACCAACUGAAAUUAGGAAAAACAUUGCACGUGAGUACGAUGGUGACAACAUUUCACUACAAAAUCUUCGUAAAGCUAUCAGCAAAGAAGUCAAAAUCCUUGAAUCAGGCCAGAUUGAAAACAGCGAUGGAUUUCACGCAACAGCAAUGUUUCCUACCGGAGCAUCAAAGAAACAACACAACGUUCAUUAUUCACGUAAUCAGAAAACAAGAGAGUCAACUCCUCAUGUUGAAAUAACAGAGAUGAAGAGCCGCCCAUGCAUUUAUUGUUGCACAGAGAAUCAUUUUCCAGGGGAUUGUAAGAAAGUUACAGACGUAAGUGCAAGAUUCGACAUCUUAAAACGGAAGAAAUUAUGUUUCAACUGCUUGGGAAACCACCACGCCUCAGAUUGUAAAUCCCGCAACAGGUGUAAAAAGUGUCAGAAAAAACACCACACAAGUAUAUGUAACGUGAAACUAACGAAGGACAGAGACGAGCCCACCAAAUCAACAAGUGUCAACAUCGUAGAAACGAAUAAGAAGCCAGAAACCAGAGAACUGAACUUUGAACAUCGACCUACAAGUGUUUUACUAAAUACAGCUAGGCCUAUCUCUCCGAUAAGUCGGACCGUGGACUCCAUGCAAGAAGAACGUAACAAGUUGACUAACGUGAUACAAAAAUUAAAAUCAGAGCUGAAGAUCCAGACACAAAGGAGGAACGAUUGGAGCAUGAGAAUGCCACCCUGCUAG